UGGCGUUUGUCUUUCUCCAACUCCCUUACGCUAAUGCCUUUCUUCUUUGCUUGACUUUCGGUUUUCCGUUACCAAAAUGUCCUCCCAAUGCGACGUCGUUGUCACUUCCACUUCCCCUCAUUUACACACCAAAAAAAUAAGGCCAAAUUGAAUAUUUUAAAUUCAAAGCAAGUCUCUUCGUAUGUAUUAUUUCUCGUUCAUCGCUGCAGAAAAAAAGAUAAUUUGUGUUGUUGAUCGCGAAUGCGAACCUUAUUCACGCCGAGACCAUGACUAAUCAAAAUGCUGACGCUUCCAAGGUACAAGUGGGUAGCCAGCCACCUGCACCACCUUGGGCGAAUGACCAAGCACAGUUGCAUUCUGGGAAUAAGGUUUACAAGAGUGGCCCUCUAUUUUUGUCAUCAAAAGGAAUUGGUUGGACAUCAUGGAAGAAGAGGUGGUUCACUCUAACAGAAAACUCGUUGGUCUUUUAUAGAAGUGAUCCAAAUGCUGCUCCGCAAAAGGGAGGCGAAGUGAAUUUAACCCUUGGAGGUAUUGAUCUCAACAGUUCAGGCAGCGUUGUUGUCAAAGAAGAUAAAAAGCUGUUGACUAUGCUCUUUCCUGAUGGCCGUGAUGGACGAUCUGUCACACUUAAGGCUGAAACACUAGAGGAUUUGCUUGAGUGGAAAGCAGCACUUGAGGAGGCUUUGGCAAGUGCACCAAGUGCUGAUCCUGUAACUACCCAAAUUGGAGUAUCUAGGAAUGAUCAGGGCAAUGCAGUUGACCAUUCAUCAGAGCAGUCAAAUGAUAGAGAGCCUGUGAAGUCUUUGGUCCUUGGUCAGCCAGUUUUACUUGCUUUGGAAGAUAUUGAUGGAACCCCAUCAUUCUUGGAGAAGGCCCUUAGGUUCAUAGAAGAGCAUGGAGUGAGAGUUGAAGGUAUCUUGCGGCAAGCAGCAGAUGUUGAAAAUGUCGAACGUCGGAUACGGGAAUAUGAACAGGGGAAAAGUGAGUUUUCUCCGGAUGAUGAUGCACAUGUUAUUGCUGAUUGUGUCAAGUACAUUCUGCGGGAGUUACCGUCAUCUCCAGUUCCUGCAUCUUGCUGCAAUGCCCUCCUGGAAGCAUUUCGAACUGAGCGUGUCAAUAGAGUCAAUAGCAUGCGGUCAGCCAUAUGUGAGACGUUUCCAGAGCCAAAUCGUCGCUUGCUGCAGAGGUUCUUAUUACAUCUUAUCGAUUUUAUCUGAC